AGGAGAUCGUAGAUCGGGGGAUGGAGAGAGAAUGCGGGUCGAAGAAGACCUUGUUCAGCGAAGAGGAGCUGCAAGAGAUUAGUGGGGUCAUUGUUGGAGAUGAUUACGUGGAGGUGAUGUGUGGCUGCACGAGCCACCGUUACGGAGACGCCAUUGCUAGGCUUAGGGUUUUCUCAGAUGGAGACCUCCAAAUCACUUGCCAAUGCACUCCUGCUUGCCAUGAAGACAAGUUAUCGCCUGCUGCCUUUGAGAAGCAUUCUGAGAGAGAAACCUCUAGAAACUGGAGGAACAACGUGUGGGUGUUCAUUGAGGGAGACAAAGUUCCGCUUUCAAAGACAGUGCUGCUCAGAUAUUACAACCAAACAUUGAAGACUAAUAACUCCAACGGAUCCAAAGUUAUUCAUCGAGAUGAGUUUGUUGGAUGCAGCAGGUGUGGCAAGGAGAGGAGGUUCAGGUUGAGGAGCAGAGGGGAGUGCAGGGAGCACCAUGAUGCCUUGGCUGAGCCCAAUUGGAAAUGCUGCGAUUACCCAUACCACAAGAUAACAUGUGAGGAGGAGGAAGAGAGAGUGAGCAGGAAAGUUUACAGAGGUUGCACUCGUUCUCCGUCUUGCAAAGGCUGCACUUCUUGCGUCUGCUUCGGCUGCAACCUCUGUCGUUUCUCUGAUUGUAACUGCCAGACUUGCCUCGACUUCACCACCAACACCAAACCCAUUUGA